CUCACCAAUUUCCACUUUCAAGACUUCGUGGCCUGCCCGCUCCGCGUUUUUGUAUCCGUUGCCAAGUCUCCUCUCUCUCUCUCUCUCUCUCUCUUUAAAAUUCUUUCUCUUCGUUUCCUCCAUUACGGCAAAGAUAUUCAACUUCUUCUGGGUCUUCAUUAACUCUGAGUUUUUCCAGGAUUUUUCACCAUUUUAACUGAACUUUCUCAGGAUCCUUGUCGAUAUCUGUGCAGAUUUGAUAAUUUUGCAGUUUCAUUGUCAUUCCCGAACUUUGAAUAUCUACCCAGACUGCGGAAGCAUAUUGUGCGAUUUUCACCCAUUGAAAAAUGUUUGGUUUACGGAAAUCUCCUGUAAAGGUUGCUAAGCAUAAAACUGUUGAUCCUAUAUAUCCUGCUUCCUCUAGAUCAAAUCCUUUUGAUUCUGAUGACGAGUUGGACACCAAGCAAAAAUAUACUUCCCCAAGGAGGACUUCUUCUGAGCCUAAUUUAGCCAUACCAGAUUCCAGCACCAAUCCUUUUGAUGAUGAGCAAGGAAGAGGAGUCUCUUCUUCUUCAUACUUGCAUAAUUCAGCAGCGAAAAACAAAUACAAAAAUGAUUUCCGUGAUGCUGGAGGAAUUGAGAAUCAGUCAGUGCAAGAAUUGGAGAAUUAUGCAGUGUACAAGGCUGAGGAAACUACAAAGGCAGUUAAUGGCUGCUUGAGGAUUGCAGAGGACAUAAGAGACGAUGCUACCAAGACUUUGGUUGUCUUGCAUCAGCAGGGUGAGCAGAUUACUAGGACCCAUACAGUUGCUGCUGACAUUGAUCACGAUCUUAGUCGGGGAGAGAAGCUUCUGGGAAGUCUGGGGGGUAUGUUCUCGAAGACGUGGAAGCCUAAGAGGACUCGUCCAAUAAGGGGCCCUGUCAUAACAAGAGAUGAUGAAGUUGUAAGAAAGGGCAACCACUUGGAGCAAAGGGAAAAGUUGGGGUUGACUCCUGCACCCGGAGGACGUUCAAACACUCAGAAGCUGACUACUGAGCCAACUGAUGCUCUUCAGAAAGUUGAGGUAGAAAAAGUGAAGCAGGAUGAUGCCUUUUCUGAUCUAAGUAAUCUCUUGGGAGAGCUGAAGGAUAUGGCCAUCGACAUGGGCUCUGAAAUUGAGAGGCAUAACAAAGCUCUGGAUCAUGUCUUUGAUGAUGUCGAUGUACUUAAUGACCGAAUUAAAGGUGCAAAUCAACGCGGUCGUCGUCUACUUGGAAAAUAGAAGGCAGGUUGUCUGAUUUGCCGAGAGACCUGCUAAUUCUUGUUUUUCUUUCCCUCAGGCCUCUCAUAUGUACUUAAACUUGGAUUUGGACAAGUUUUCUUGUAUUUCAAUUUCAUGAAUGCUUGUUCAGCUGCAGUUGAAAGCAUCACUAUUAUUGUUAAUUUUUUUAUUUUUAUUUUUUAACUGACCGUUGUCGAGAUGCUUGAAUGUUAACUCAUGCAUAAACAAAUGAACCGCAUUUUCCAUCUUCUCUAUAAUAAAAAAUUGGGUUCUGUUGAGCAAA